UUGUUCAUACGGAAGAACGGCAUAUCAGGAAAAAGCUGGAGCAUAAUCUUAAAGGAGCGCUUAAUGUCUACUCCGCGAGAUCUGCAGCUGCGCUUUUGUUUUUCAUAAUGGUCUUCGAUGGAAGCUGUUUAAAUGGGCGACUUGAGUUACAAGGCCCAGUUAUGUCCGUAUAUGGCCGUAAAAUGGCCCACUCUAGAAGAUAGAAAAGGACCUGCUGUUUGUUUUGUGUUUCUUUCUGCCGCCGAUUGGAUCCGCCAACGACUCCGACCGCCUCAGUUGCUUAAUUCUGAUCACGAAAACUCUGUUGGUAUUGUGAAGAUGGAGCCAAAACCUACAGGCCCAGAUGAUUUUCUCGAAUAUACAGUCCUUUUAGAUGAAACCCAGUACAAUGAAGGCUAUAGAGAUGGUUAUAGCGAUGGCUUGAUAUCAGGAAACGAGGAAGGGAGGGGGGUGGGCUUAAAAUUAGGGUUUCAAAUUGGGGAAGAACUUGGUUUCUAUCGUGGAUGUGUCGAUGUAUGGAAAUCGGUGAUUCGUGUUGAUUCUGGAUCUUUCUCAUUGCGCAUCAAGAAGAGCAUUGAGCAACUGGGAGAGUUGGUGGGCGAGUAUCCCCGUCUGGAACCAGAAAAUGAAAGGAUUCAGGAAAUGAUGGAUACUAUCAGGCUAAAGUUUAGACUUAUAUUAGCGAAUUUGGGGGUGAAGUUAGAGUAUGAAGGGUACCCGAAAUCAUCAAAACUGGAGAUGGAAGAUAUUUAUUGUUGUAGUAUUAGCUUCUUAAUAUGGGAGGUACUUGUUCCUAUGCCGAAUGUUCUCAAAUUUUACAGGGAAGCAUCAAAAGAUAUAAAUGCUAUUUAUAUGUGGGUGGGUGGGUAUGAUAUGCUGAAGUCUAUGCUCACCUGCUGCAAGCUCUACAUCUCUGAAAGUCGAAAUGUCCGUGCACUAGAAUCCAUUGAGCAAGCUGCAAAGCUUUACCCAGAAGCUGUUAUUGUCAACACAUUCAAAGAUGAGGUAUACAACAGAGUGGGUUAUACUCUGGUUGCAAGCUCUAGUACUACUACGAGCUCAUUGUAUGAUGUUUCUCCGCUGAGGAAAUCUGUGUUUAGCAUGGUUAAAGCAGCGGUGGAGGCCAUUGAUCUUGAAUUACAUUCAGGAACUCAUCCACGACUUGGUGUUGUGGACCAUAUUUGCUUUCACCCUUUGGCUCAAUCCUCAUUGGACCAUGCUGCUGGGAUUGCGAGAUCUGUUGCCGCUGAUGUCGGUAACAAGCUCCAAGUCCCCACCUUUUUAUACGGAGCAGCUCACCAUGACGGCAGAAAACUUGCCUCCAUAAGAAGAGAUCUAGGCUACUUCAAACCCAACACAUCAGCAAACCAAUGGGUUGGUGGCCUCCAAUCCGACCUCAGAGACCUGAAACUCGACGAGGGCCCACACCAAAUUGUUCAAGCCAAAGGCGUCGUUGUCAUUGGAGCCUCAAGAUGGGUUGACAAUUACAAUGUACCUGUGCAAUCUACCGACAUUGAGGCAGUGAAGAGGAUUGCUAGAAGGGUGAGCGAGCGAGGAGGUGGGCUUGAAGCGGUGCAGGCUAUGGGCUUAGCCCAUGGCGAGGAGUCCGCUGAGGUGGCUUGCAAUCUCUUGGACCCGACCAGAGUUGGUGCAGCGCAGGUUCAGGCGGAAGUUGAGAGGCAUGCGAGGGAAGAGGGGUUGAUUGCGGGAGAAGGCUAUUAUACUGAUUUUUCGCAGGAAAAGAUUGUUGAGAUGUAUUUGAAUCAUUUUCAAUCAAAGGCGUAGUUGGCGAUUUUGAGAUA